CCAAGCGUGACCAAGGCCGCAAAACGACAAAAACAUGGUGGCGCAAUGGGGAUGGGGAUGAGGAUGAGGAUGGCGAUUGGCGAGGCGAGGGAAGGCAAGGCGAGGCGAGGGUAGGAAGGAUCAAUUAACGAGGCUGUCAUCAUCCAUGCUUUGGCGCUGUUCGAUGUAACCAUCGCCGUAUACAGGCAAAUCAGCACGCAGCACUGUCAGAAAGUUCCAGCACUGAGGGCCGCCGGCGUUAGGGUUUAUCACAACUGGCAAGGGAUUUCGGAAUUGUGGGGAUAAUUCGGAUUCGGAGAACCGCAAAUGGUCAGAACUGUAAGAAGCCGUGCAGACGACGAAGAGACUCGCGAAAGUUCUUCUCCGAGUGAUUCAGCCGAGAGAAAGGGGGUCGAUCAGAAGGGGAACGCUUCGCGUUCGAAGCAUUCGGAGACGGAGCAGCGUAGAAGAAGCAAAAUCAACGAGAGAUUUCAGAUAUUGAGGGAUCUUAUACCUGAAAGAGAUCAGAAGAGAGAUAAAGCUUCAUUUCUGUUGGAGUUCAUCCUAAUGCAGGUUAUUCAGUACAUCCAGUAUUUGCAUGAGAAGUUGCAGAUGUACGAGGGCCCUUGUCAAGGUUGGAGUCCUGAGUCGACAAAGUCUCUUCCUUGGAGAAUCAAUUCUGGGCCAGGGGAAAGCUUUGUCGAUCAACCUCAACUUGACAGGGGUCUAGCAGGUAAUGAAGAUGGUAAUAUCAUCCAACCAACUCUUUUAAGCAACGUUCAGAACUCAGUUGAGUCCGACUUGGCGGAAGCUGCCUUCUACACUGCAACAGACAACACUUCACUUUUGACAAAAGGACUUCCUAUGAACAUGUCAUUGCAAGGAUCUAUAUAUGAGGGGUUGACAGCCCAUCCGCAUCCAGGAUCAUUUCAUGAUGCUGAUCAUUUAACGGUCCAUCAGUCCCAAUCUCACAUUUGGCCAGGGAGAUCCAGAGGAGACGAUUGUUCCAUUCCUAUUAACGCUGCAAAUGAGGAAUUACUGAAGACUCAGAGUGGAGAACCAAGCAUCUCGAAUACCUAUACUCAAGACAGGGUCUUGAAUUCUUUAACGAGUGCUCUGCAAUCAUCGGGAGUUGAUUUAUCUCAAGCCAUUAUUUCCGUCCAACUUGACGUAGGAGGAAAACGGGCAAGUACUGUAAGUUCAAAUACAGCAUUUGAUUUCAAGGAUGACUUGAAAGCCUCUAGCCUCAACUACAGAGCUCCUAUGAACGCCAGCUGGAACAAUGAUCGUCUUCUCAAAAGGUUCAAACCCGAUUGAUCCUAUUUUGUCAGUUCUCGACCAACCUGCUCUUUGGAUUCUGCUGUUCCCUUUCUGUUUUUACUCGAAAGGGAUUGAUUGACUCGAUUUUUUAGCGCCGUUCCAUCUGCUGUGGAUUUUGCUGAUCGUAAAACUAUCAUGGAUUUAUCGAUGAUCGCCGAGGAAGGUAAAGGUUACAGUGUUUGUGUUUUACAUAGGAAUUUAUUGAAUUGAAUUUUGUGUUGUAAUUAUACAAGCGAGAAAAUUAGUAUUAUUAGUAGAAGUUGAGAAACAAAUGGUUGUUUUGCUUUGCAGCAGUACACAUAUACACUGUACUCUCAA